AGCACACGAUUCAAAACGAGGUGACCAUAUCGCCUAAUUUAGUAAACCUACUUAGAUAUUCACCCAAAGACAUUUCCAAUUUCCAAUCAGAACUGUAUGUAUAUGGAGAUUGUAAAUCUCCAAAAGACGCACCUGCUAACAGUCCUAAGGUAGUAUAUAACUUGCUGAAACCUAACUCCGCACAUAGAUUUAGUUUAAUAUUCCGUUAUAUGAAACAGAUAAAAAGAUCUAAUGUACUUUAUUUCCGAUAGGGCAGAGGUUUUAAAAUCAAUUGGAAAGAUCAUCAAUAUGGCAAUAUGAAAUUUUUGCGUAAAAUUUUAAAAAAUUUUAUUUGAAUAAUAGAAGUUGAGAAGGCCGUGAGAGCAUAAAUAGACGUUAAGAUAAAUAGCUUUUAGACCCAAUCUGUUGCUAAUUAAGUUACAAAAAUCCCCACUAACAAAAUAGUAAUAGAUGAAAAGUUUCACCUAUGCGCAUAAAAUUUUCUUCUCUUUCCCAGUUCCAGGCAGCUCUUCUGCAACGCUGGAACCUCCCAGAAUUCAUGUGCGCCUUCUGCCCGUUCUUCCAGACCGUAAGCGUCAACGUGUCGAUAUUCACGCUAACAGCCAUUGCAGUGGACCGUUACAGAGCCAUCGUCUUCCCGCUAAACGCCAGACCUUCAAAAUUUAGGAGUAAGCUGGUGAUUGCAUCUAUCUGGGUGUUUAGCACGACACUGGCAGUGCCCAACCUCAUUGCCCUCAGAGUCAAAGUAGUGAUAGAUGAUGCCACUCAAGAAGAAAAACCCUUUUGUGAUGCCGUCAACAUCGACCCGGUGAUCAUGUGGACCUACUCGCAUGUCAUGGUGGCACUUCAGUUCUUCAUUCCGCUCUUCAUCAUCAGCUUCGCCUACAUCCACAUGGGCUGGGAGCUGUGGGGAGCACAAACCCCAGGAAACGCCGAAGAUGCUCGCGAUGCGCACGUCCUUAAAAACAAGAAAAAGGUUAUUAAGAUGCUGUUCAUGGUGGUUGCUCUGUUUGGGUUCUGCUGGGCUCCCUUGCAGACCUAUCAUAUUUUGAAGGAGAUCUAUCCGGCCAUAAACGAGUACCGUUUCAUCAAUAUCAUAUGGUUCUGCUGUCACUGGCUGGCAAUGAGCAACAGUUGUUGUAACCCGUUCAUCUACGCCAUAUAUAAUGAGAAAUUCAAGCGAGAAUUCAGACACAGAUUCCGGUGCUUCUUCAAGACGCGGACGUCUUCGGACACGAGCGACUUCGAUCGAUCCAGGUAUCAAUUAUCUCUCAGAUCUCCUUUAGAACGCCAAAUGUCUUUGUAUUCAGACAACAGACUGUCGAGAACAGACACUCGCACCGAAGCAACGAUCAUCAACGGAUCGGCCAGGUCUUCCCUCAGAUCAACCCACAGUGCAAUGGAUAGAACUAGUUCGACCAGGGGCAGACCGAGUUUGAACGGAAGCGGAGCGGCCUCGGCUGGAGAAUCUGGAAAUGAUCACCAAGCGGUUCAUGUGUGUGUUCCACUGCUAUCUCACUCACGGCUGCAUCCGCAGAUGUGCCAGCAAAGAGCAGAUACAAAAAUGUAGAAACAAACUCAUGAACUGAAUAAUAUUUCGCCCAGAAAAUACACAAAAAUGUAGAAUUUCGAUUGGGUUAUAAAUUGCCCAGAAUACAGAACAAUGUUGCGUUCUGUAUCGUUCAGUAACUUCCUGUGCUUCAUGGCUGACAAGAAUCAUCUUUUUGUAGUGUUUCCAGUGCUAUGUGGAGUGAAAAUAGAUAGAUUGUGGAUCGGCUUUGCCUAUAACGUGAAUGUAAAGGUUUUUUCAAACAAAAUCAACCUGAAAGAAUUAUGCAUAAGCGGAAUGCGUCCCUGAAAGUUAAAGUGCUUCCAAGGAAGUAUUGUUCAUUGAGGAAAUAAUUGACUCAUUAACCCAGGAAGAUCAGUGUUCUAGACUUUACCUCAAUUCUUUCCGAGAAAUAAUCAUCCGAGUUUCGGUCUUCUCCUACUAUAUUGCAGGGUUCUCUCUAGGUGCUAAUGCUUCCAAUCCAUAUACUUGUGAAAAAUCUUAUAAAACUUCAUAUUAUUUUAGGUCGAAGUACUUGUAUAUAUUUUUCUACCACUUUCGGCGAUUCAUGAAUGACAUCAUUAAAAUCAGUUUCAUUACCUUAACAGGUAAAGGGGGAAUGUAAACACUUAAAUAGACUUAAACAGACAAUAAUAAUUUAUACUCUGCUUUCUUAUUUACAACUAGCACACGACUGCUCAAGGAUGGCAAGAAACACCAAAUAUUUAUUAACCAUAUUAAGAGAUUCAUAUUUGAACAAGAGGACAUAUUUUCUCAGAAUCCAAAAUGAAAAAAUUGGUAUUACCAAGAACAUAGGAAUGGCAACACUGCCAAUCAAGGACGAGUGUGUGUUGAAUCUCAGAUUAGCGCAAGCAAAGUCUACAAGAUGUGGUCAUCUAGAAAGCUUUAAAAAAAAUACCUGUGACUUGCGUGUUUGCUACUUUCUAAUAAAAGGACGCAUCAGUGAAAGAAUGAAUUUAACAUAAGAGCGAAAAGUGAAUAGCUCACUGGUGUUGUGUCGCAGGCACGAGUGUACUACGUGGACUAAGCUGCCUGUGUUCAAGAUAUACAUAGCUUCAAGUUGUCAUCUCUGACAAUGACAGAUUUUAUAGAGCAGAGAAAUGACUGUACAAGAACAAAGAAAAAUUACCUGUGGUGAUACGCUUAUCAUAUGCCUGUUGCAAGGAAUGUAGUUCGUGUUGAUGUAUUGAUUUAGUCCUUUUAAUCUUUUCCGUAUUUUCAUUAAUCAGACGAGAACAUUUUGUAUUAAUAAACUUUCUACUCAUUUGAUCCUGAGCGCUGUAACACCUGUCCUUCUCGGGUGUGCAUGAUUCAUAUGGUAUUUCUCCUUAUGAGAAAUGUCGAUAUCAGUAUUUUUUUUGGAUAUAUACAAUAAAAUAAUCAUUGUUUACCA